CGUGUCCCAAAAAGGAAAGAAAAGAUAAUUUAAAAUAUUGAAUUACAAUCUCUACACUUGCAUUCAUUCAUUCAUUAUCUUAUCUACUAUUUAAUACCGACACACUCUAAAUUUCCAGACUCUGUCAUUUUCCAGACUUUCUUGAGUUUAAUUCACUUUUUUAAAGGCUUCCAGGGAGGACUAUCUUGCAAGAUUUUGCUAACAGGUCAACAUGUGUUCUAUGUCUGGAAAUUUUGUAUUUUCACUUUCAAUACUUCUUCUGUUGUUGAGCACAUCAUGCUCAGGUUCUAUUCUGAAGACUGAAGCUAAGAUAAAAUCAGCUGUUUUUUUAUCCCCCAAAUUUGAGCUAGGACCUGGAUCAGUUGUUAAUAGAUAUUAUUAUGAUAUUGAUUUUCCAAGAGGUCAUGUAGCAAUCAAGAGUUUCGAUGCUGAAGUAGUUGAUGAAGCUGGUAAUCCUAUACCUCUCCAUGAAACUUAUCUCCAUCAUUGGCUUGUUGUAAGAUAUCAUCAAAGUAAAGCAAACUCGCAUUUGAAAAAUACUUUUAGGAACAGUGGCAUGUGUCAGGGAACUAUUUAUGCACAAUACUUUGGCCUUGGAUCCGAAACACGACGAACGGCGACUGAUAUUCCGGAUCCUUUUGGAAUAGAGAUAGGUAAUCCUGCAGAGAUUCCAGAAGAGUUUGAGGAGAAAUGGCUGGUUAAUAUUCAUGCUAUUGAUACGCGCGGCGCAGAGGAUAAAUCAGGGUGCACCGAGUGUAUGUGUGACCUUUAUAAUGUUACAGUCGAUGAAUCUGGAAGGUCUAUUAGACCAGAUUAUAAAGGAGGUUUGUUAUGUUGUUAUGAUCAUACACAGUGCAAGCUGAAGGAAGGUUUUGAGGGUCCAAAGAGAAGCCUCUACUUAAGAUACAAAGUGAAAUGGAUUGAUUGGGAUGAUUAUAUAGUGCCUGUUAAGAUAUAUGUACUUGAUGUGACUGAUACUUUGAAACUAUCAGAUGAUUCAAAAGGAACGAACUCAGAUCAUAAUUGCAAGGUUGAGUAUCAAGUAGAAUCAUGCAGUACAGACCACAAGGAGGAAAAUGGUUGUGUUCAUGUAAAGAGGACAAAUCUCCCAUUUCAAACAGGUGGCUAUGUGAUCUAUGGGGUUGCUCAUCAACAUUCGGGCGGAAUUGGAUCAACUCUAUAUGGACAGGACGGGAGGGUUAUAUGUUCAUCUAUACCAAUUUAUGGAAAUGGGAAUGAAGCAGGAAAUGAAGUAGGGCACAUUGUAGGAAUGUCCACUUGUUAUCCUCAACCAGGUUCUGUCAAGAUAAUCGAUGGUGAAACUUUAACUCUAGAAUCUAUCUACAAUAACACCAAGGAACACACUGGAGUAAUGGGGCUUUUCUACCUUUUAGUAGCCGAACAACUCCCAUAUACCAGCACUUUAGACAUUCUAUCCUCUAGUUUCCUGUAAUUGUUUAGUUUGUAUUUUUGUAUUCAUCCACUCUUUCUGGUAUCAUAUGGAUAUGGCUAUGUGGUAUGUUUGUUGUACAAUGUAGCAUAUUGAUAUGCUUAUGUUUCAAAAAAAAAAAAGCAUAUUGAUAUGCUUAAAAUAAUGGGAUUUCCAUUUAUUAUGAAGAAUAUUUCUGUUUCA